CUCUUCCACCACCACUCCCUCCUCUACACCACUGCAGUCGCAGCACCGUCGAUCGUCAGCAGGACUGCACGGAAAUCACACGAAUCUCGAGCCAUGUCGCAGCGCAUUCCAUCAUACGGCCUCGGCGGCCCCGCGCCCUACGGAGGCGUCUCCAACGACAUGCAGCAGGGCGGCAGCGUUCUCGACCAGGUCCGGCCCUUCACCAGCAAGAUCGAGGACGCCCUGGACAACAUUAGCGAGCCCUUGAAGCCAUACCUCCCGGCCAUUGGACGCUUCCUGAUUGUCGUCACAUUCAUUGAGGAUGCGCUCCGCAUCAUCACCCAAUGGUCCGAUCAGCUUCUGUACCUGCGCGACUACAGACACAUCCCCACCGGAAUCACCCACAUUUUCUUGAUUGUCAACGUCCUCGCCAUGUUUGCCUGCUCUGGCCUCGUCAUUAUCCGAAAGCACUCCGAUUACGCCGUCGCCGGCCUGAUGGCCGUUGUCGUCACCCAGGCGCUCGGCUACGGCCUCAUCUUCGACCUCAACUUCUUCUUCCGAAACCUGUCCGUUCUUGGUGGCCUCGUCAUGGUUCUGUCCGAUUCGUGGGUGCAAAAGACCAAGGCCUUCGCCGGUCUCCCUACGCUGGAUGAGAAGGACCGCAAGAUGUACUUCCAGCUGGCUGGCCGUGUUUUGCUCAUCUUCCUUUUCAUCGGCUUCGUCUUCAGCGGCGAGUGGUCCGUUUGGCGCGUCCUCGUCUCCAUCCUGGGCGGCAUUGCUUGCGUCAUGGUUGUCGUUGGGUUCAAGGCCAAGUACAGCGCCACCCUGUUGGUCGUCAUUCUGAGCGUGUUCAACCUUUUUGUCAACAACUUCUGGACGCUGCACGAGCACCACCCCCACAAGGAUUUUGCCAAGUACGACUUCUUCCAGAUCCUGUCCAUCGUCGGUGGACUCCUCCUGCUGGUCAACAGCGGCCCUGGCCAGUUCAGCCUCGACGAGAAGAAGAAGGUUUACUAAGUCCGAAAGGACGCGCAGAGCCAACAGUAGCAACAGGUUGGGCGCCGAGGUGUCCGGCGUUGGCACGGCAUUUUCUAUUUAUCUUGGGAAGGGCAUGAAAAAGUUUCCCUGGGUCGCCGCCGUCAACGUCAUGGAGAGGCGGAGUAGCACCAGGUUCUC